AUGUGGCACUGCUUCAUCCUCCUCCUCCUGUGCACCUCCUCUCUGGCCAAUGCCGUUCCCUUGUCAGAUGCUGCUCUACAGUCUUCUUCUCAGCAUGGGUUCUCGCUGGCUGUGAAUCCAAAGAGCGAUGCCUCGCGGAACUUUGUCCGCGAUUGGGCUGCUGCCCGGCACAAAUGGGGCAAUGGAGUGCCCAAAGAAGGGGCGUCCAUGUUUUCUUUGAGUGACAGCCCUGGGCGCGUUGAUGUCGUACCUAUGGGAAGCGACGACAUCUAUCUGGCUGAUGUGCAGAUUGGGAAUCCUCCUCAGACGGUGAAAUUGGCCCUGGAUACAGGGUCUUCAGAUCUAUGGCUUCAAUCAACCGAUACCGAAUAUCUGUACAAUGUAAAAGGCCCAUGGGCCCCUCUAUAUCGUCCCAACGAAUCCACGACGUCUCAUCUCGUUGAGGACGCCAAAUGGUUUGUUUAUUACAUGGACGGCACCCACGCUGACGGCAUUGUCUAUCAUGACACUGUCUGGCUGGGCGACUUCAAAGUCGAGAAUGCAACUGUCCAGUCCGCGAAAGCAGUCACCAGCCGAUUCGAACAAGACAUCGAACUGAGCGGCAUCCUGGGGCUGGCCAAGAGGCUGCCAAACACCGUUGAGCCUCCGGCCCCGUCCUUCCUCAGUCUGCUGCGGCAACAGCUCAAACAUCAGGUAUUCGGCGUUGACCUGAACAGAAACGCCUCGGGCGUCUUCACCUUUGGCUACCUCAACGAAAGCCGCGCCUCGGAGGAAAUCGCCUGGGUCGAUACGGACCCGGACAGCCCCCACUGGGACGUCGAGUUCAACCUGACCACCUGGGGCCCGCAGACUACGCCGUGGUACUCGCAGCCCUUCAUGGCGACAAUCGACACGGGCACCACGCUCAUGUUUCUGCCCGACAACCUGGCCAGCGGAUACUGGCUGACCGUCCCGGGCUCGAAAGUCGACAGGCAGCUGGCGGGCGCCUACUCGUUCCCCUGCGAGCUCGCCAAGGACCUGCCGGAUCUGAUGCUCAAGAUCCCCGGCUCCGACCGCAUCCUCACCAUUCCCGGGCCGUAUCUCAACUAUGGGCCUUCCGAGCUGGAUCCGUCGGCUUGCUGGGGAGGGAUGCAGAGCGCCGACGGCCUAAAGGUGACUGUGCUGGGGGACAUUAUGCUCAAGGCGUUGUAUUUGGCGUUUGAUCUCGACAAGGGGAGAGUUGGUUUUGCCAAGAAGCAUUUGCAUGACGUCUAUUGA